CUGAGUCCUCUCCUCUCUGAUAUGUAUCCUCCUAUUCUGUCUCUCCCACUCUGUCUUGUUCCUUUCACUCUCCUUUUCCUAUUACUAUUUUACCCUCCUCCUUCUCUCCCCUUAUCUCUCUCUCUCUCCCCUUAACUCACUCAUUUAACUUCUGAUCCCAAACUCUUCCCUUCUACUUCAUCUCUCACUUCCUUCUCUCUCUGUUUUUAUUUUAAAAACAAAAACAAAGUCUUGAAAUUUCAAUAGACCCACAUGAAGUUUCCUCUUGUAUGGUAAUUCUUGAAUUCAAAUUAAAAAAAAAAUGUUUGCUAUUUACAAAACUUCCUCUCUUCUUAUUCUCUUUCUCUUUGUUCUUCUCAUCACUCCACAAGUCUCAUCUUUUCUUCAACCCGUCCAACCUCCGGAUCCUCCUCAAGUAGCUUUGAUUGAAGAUAAAGCAAGAUUAGGAUCUACACCACCAAGCUGCCACAACAGAUGCAACAACUGCCAUCCUUGCAUGGCUGUUCAAGUACCCACUCUCCCUACUCGCUCCCGGUUCACACGAGUUAACCCGUUUUCCGGUGGAUUCGUACGACCUCCUCCUUCGUCUCUAACCACCGUUCUUGAUAAGUACUCUAAUUACAAACCUAUGGGAUGGAAAUGUCAUUGCAAUGGCCACUUUUAUAAUCCUUAAAAAUUCAUCUCUCUGGUUUGUGAUCUCUCCCACCCCUACUCUGUUUACUUUCUCUUUUUGUUCUUUCUAAAAAAGAAGUUUCUAUAAUUGAUAAUUUUGGAUUUUUGGGAGCAGAGGUGUGUGUGUUCUUUGGAUUCUUUGUAAAUGUACGGCUCAAUUUGUAAAUAAUCAAAAACUCUAUGAUUAUUUUGAAAUUAUAUUUUUUGGAGAGACAAAUACUACUACUAGCCUGUGUAACUACUUUACUUGCGUCAUUCAUUUCUUUCAACAUUGAUUUAAUCUUUC